UGCUGUGGUGGUUGCACGCGAGGUUCACCAGCGCGUGCGCGCCAACAUCCUAUGCCCACAAGGUCUACCGCGUUCUCUUCUUUCGACGUGCAACCCCGAAGCGGCGAGGGGAUCAACGGCUCGCUCACGCCAGCCCGCCCACCCCGCCAAAACACCAAAAGCACCCACGGCAUUCCGAUCUACCCAUACGAUGCGAGCAACGAGAACGCUUCCCGGCAUGCUAGGCAAGGAGAUCGGGGCAGCGCCGGCCUCUCCGCCCACGUAGGGGAAGUCGUUGCCGGGGAGGGGAUGCCAUCGGGACUAAGGCAGGGAAGCCGGAGCAGCGACCCGCUGACUGGCUGUGCGGCAGGGAAGGGAGGCAUCAACCUGCAAGCGACGGAGGCAAAAAUCGAUGAGCUCGAACGAGGCGAGUUCGACCUCAAGCUCAAGCUGUUCUACAUGGAAGAGCAGCUGGAGUUGGCUGCCGGGGGGACUGACGUGCUGCAGCUUCACAAGGAAGUCAUGGAAGCGAAGCUGCACCGCGCACAGGCGGAGGAGAGGGCACGGGCUGCGGGGGACGCCCUGUCUGGACUGGAGGCCAAAUGCAGGGAGCUCCAGGCACAGGUGCGAGAUGUCGAAGCACAGAGGGCGAAGGACCGGGAGAACUGGGCCAGCCUCGAAGGGGAGAGCGAGACCAAGUUGAGAAAACACACGCAUCUCCUAGAGGAUGCUCUCCGGGCGGAGCGGGCGGAGAACCAACGGCUCCGUGCUGCGAGGGACAACCGGAGGAGAAGCUGGGACGUCCCUGGUGGGAGCGGCGAGCAGCAGCCGAGAGCGUCGCCGCGCCGAAGAAGCAGCGGGGAGUACGAGCAUGUGGACCAGGUGGGCCCUCGGCGCGUUGGCAACGGCAGCUGGGGAGGCCUUGCGCGUGAGCACCACGAGCACGAUCGACAGCUAGCGGCGAAGGUUCGAUCCCAAGAUUCCUCGCUCCGGUCAUUGCGCGCCGACGUUUCUACCCUCAGGAGGCGACUGAGGACACAGGCAGAGACACUGGUGAAGCAGAGAGAGGAGAACACCACCGUGCGCCGGGCGGCGGAACAGGUGGCUUGCGUUGAGGCGGAAGAGAUCGCGAGGCUUGCGGUAGACCUGGAGCGAGCAGUCCGCGCAGCGAACGCGGAGGCCGAAAAGCGCCGGCACGCGGAAAAAUGCCUCCAGGCUGCGGAAACACGCCUGCUGGACGCUACAGCUGGGUGUUCGCCACUUGUGCUACCACGGCCCGAGCGGGCGCGAUCCCCUCGUGCCUCUGCCGGUCGCGUCGAGGCACCGGCGCGAAGGGAGGCGGCGAGGGUGUGUCGCAAGCCGUUCGGGCCGCCCGCCGUGGAAGGUUGUACGCCACCGGGGUCUCCCAAGGGGGGUAGCGAAAAGGCUAGCGGCAGCUCCCUCCCUCCGUCGCGAGGAGCGUUGGGCAGCACCAUUGCCUCGAGGGGGAGGUCUGCCGCGGCGGCUCGGAGGAAGGACGAGGGUUCGAGUGCGGGGAAGGGGAGGUCCAAGAGCUCCCCUUCAAGAGGCCGGGACACGGAGACCAAGAGCAAGCGACGGCCGUGGGGGUCUUCUCCGCCACCAAGCCCUCCCCGUGGGGGCAGCUUUCUCGGCAAGCCGGCUAUUGGGAGCAAGCUUAACCCGAGUCGCCUUCGGCGGCCGGGAGACAACGAGGCUGAGCAGAAGCGAACCCCCCCGCGGCGGCGCCCUGGCGAGCUUAUCGGUGCCGCCAAGCGCGAGGCGGCCGGUUCGCGCGGCAACGGCACCGAAUCGCGUGGGGUUCAAACCGGGACAACUCAGAACCCGUCCGAUUUCUCCGUGGGUCCGCGGGAAGCGGAUUCUGCUGGCGAGUCGAGAAGAGGGGUGUUCACCACCGUCGAAUGGAGAGGUAGUACGGCUCCUCGCGUAGAUAAAACCGCGAAGCCCCGCAUAGAGGCAGCCAGCGCGGGGCGCGACCAAGGUAUUACGCCGAUGGCCGGGGGGAUAGCGGCGGCCAUCCGCGGUGUAGAUUUGAAGGCGACGAUCGCCCGAGAGCUGAGGGCCGCUGUCGCGACCACCCCCGCGUCGGCUGUAUCCUCUGAGAAUUUCAACGGCGGCGACGGCGGCGGGCAGAGAACGCCCGCCGGGGGGAGUGCGCCGGCAGGAGGAGACCGGCAGCGGGAGAAGGCCUUGGGAGAGUUGGACGAAGGGGACCUACUGAACGAGAUAUCGCGCGGCAGCGGCAAGUGCGCGUGGGCCGCCUUGAUACCUGACACGGUAGCGGGCGGCUUGUCUUCGGCGGCUAACGGCGGCCGGGCGUUGAAGAGCCGGGAAGUGGCCGAGCUUGAAUCGGACGUGCAGCACAUCUUUCAGUUCUUUGCUGCCAAGGAUGGCCGGAAGGGCUCGGGUUCAUUGCUUUCGAGAGCAAAUGGAGCGAAGGAAGGGGAAACGGACUUUUUGGAGGAUAUCGGAGAAACGCUGUUGUAGUCAUGGUGAUGAACGUUGUGACAGAGCUAGACCCGCCUUUAAUUUUCGUACAUGAUUAGAUAGCACAAUUCUCCUUUUGUCGUCGGUUGGCGUCGGAAAAGCCAAUCACCCGUAGCUCCAACUACACACCUGUUCUUGAAACGCGCUUCGGCGGCACUGAAGUAGUGUUGUGUUGUUAGUGCCGGGAAUUUUUUUUUGGGUUUGUCUUAAACGCGGAAGACUUGCAGGGGGGAACAAUGGACUAUCCAUGACCGGGCAACUGCUGUAUGAAUUCAUCUACUGGAGCUAAACCUGAGCC